GAAAAAUCAGAUAUUUUCCGCGGAGGUUUAAAUGAGGGUGCGACUUCGUGUCGAAAGAAGGGACAGCAGACACUUGUCGCCUCCAGCAAGCUCUACACCGGCGAGGAAGAAGAAGCCAACGACACGCUUCCCCAACUCCGUCUACCUUUUCCUAUUACAAAGGAUUCAAACUUGGUCAAGAAUGGGUUCUUACUUGAACUUCAAGAACUCUGGGGAGGCUCCAGUGAGCAGACAAACUUCGAUGUACUCACUGACCUUUGAUGAGCUCCAGAGCACACAUGGUGGACUUGGGAAGGAUUUUGGGUCAAUGAACAUGGAGGACCUACUGAAGAACAUAUGGACAGCUGAGGAGGAAUUUAAUCAAUCCCUCGCAUCUCCUUCUCCAAAUAGCUUUUUAACCAUUCCUAGGACGCUUAGCCUGAAAACUGUCGAUGACGCGUGGAAAGACUUCCAGAAAGAGACAGUCUCGAAAAGCUAUGGAGAAAUGACACUUGAGGACUUUUUAGUGCGAGCUGGCGUUGUAAGGGAGGACAGAAUGGUAAAUUCAGGAAGUGCCGAAUCUGCAAAGCAAGAACAGCAGCUUUUCCAGCCACCUUUGUAUGCUAACCAAUCUACUGCACCUUUUGUCUCCCCAGUUGUUGGAAUAUCUCCUCCUCCUCCUCCUCCUAUUGUUUCUAAUAGUAACUUGGAUAGACCUUCACUAUCCCCUUCGCCGUAUACAUUUAAUGAAGGUGGAAGUGGGAGGAGAGGGUGUGGCGGCUCUUUAGAGAAAGUAGUUGAAAGGAGGCGGAGGAGGAUGAUUAAAAACCGGGAAUCUGCUGCAAGAUCUCGAGCCAGGAAGCAGGCAUAUACUUUAGAAUUGGAAGCGGAAGUAGCAAGAGAGAAGGAAAUUAAUGCACAACUGAGGAAAAGACAGGCUGAACUUUUGGAGAUGCAAAAGGAACUGGUAAAAGUCUCUCUUGUCUCAUGUUAUGCUGUCUAGUAUUCUUCUCAUGCAAUGUAGAAUGGCUUUCUGAAUGCUAAAAUUUAUUAUUAGCAGUAUAAAUGCGUGUGAGAAAUAGGGUUGGUUUAGAAUAAUAAUUUGGCAAAGCGUAUGAAGCAUUCAAUGAGUGACCCUAUUUAUAAGGAUAUACAAAUAAAUCUAACUGAUUUAGGAAGACUAGUCUGACAGAUAAAAUAAAGUAAAAUGCAUUUAGUUACACUUACAGCUGUGCUGUUUAGGCCAUUUAGUCCAAUUGAGCAACAUAGCAAUAUAUACUCUAUAAUCUGUACUUCGUUUUAUGUUUUAUACUUGUUACAUUAUGAUAGAGUUACAUGAUUGAGUUGGAGUUGCUCAACUGGGCAUCAGCCACUUGGGCUAAACUAUAUUAAAAGAUUGAAUCCAGUCUUCUGUUCACUGGUUCAUCCCAAGCUCUUAUUAACUCAUCAUUUCUCUUCACUCGUUCGAUGUGACUCUAAUACAUUCUAUAUAAGUAUAUAGUAGUCUAGAGUGAAACUGCUAUUUGGAAUAUAAUCUUAAGCAAAGGGAGGCUGCAUUAGGGUUUAAUUUUAACAACACUCUUGAAGACAAAAUAUAAUACCAUAUUUAAUUUUUUUCCUCAUAACUUCAAAUCAACCUUCUAUUUUUUUUUUUUAAAUUAUCAUGCAUGAUGCAAAUUUGUUUUAUAGGAGAAAACGAGUGUGCCGCGUGAAGGAAAGUCUAUACGCUUGAGGAGGACGCUAACCGGGCCGGUGUAAAAAAGUGUUGGGCAGAAGCGUAUAUUAUAUAUGAUCAGACAUAGUUACCUUAAAUGCAGCUAGACAGGUUUCGGUCAUACUGCUCCCAUGACCUGAUUCGGAUUUUCAUCUUUGUAGGGAAUAUAAGAAGACAUAGUGUAAAUUAAUGAUGUUCUUACUUCUUAGCAUUAAGCAUAUGUUUCAUUAGGUGCUUUUUUUGAAUGAGAGUACAGUAUAAAGUUAGUUAUGUAAUUGACUUAUGUAAUCUGAAUCCAAAUGCGAAUCUCAUUUUCUGUUUUCUCAACAUAUACUACGUAUGUUUAUAGACUAUGGUUACAU